ACCUAAUUUUAAACAAAUUUACACCUUCCAACAUUCUCUCUCAUUUUCCGGUUGGUUCAGGAAACAGGACCCAAAUCUCUAUCUGGUUACCUUUGAAUUUCCAAUUUCAUUAACUUCCAAUCCAAUCACUGUUUCUCAUUCUUAAGUGGGCAAUAGAGGCUUUGUUGCAUGAUCGUGUGUAGCUAGCAGAGAAAUGAGUGAGCUUAAGAGGCCUGCCUCAGGCAAAAGGAGAUUAAAAGAUCUUUUGAGUCAAAAGGAUAAUCGCUUUUGUGCAGAUUGUGGUGCUCCAGAUCCAAAAUGGGCGUCGGCCAAUAUUGGAGUUUUUUUAUGUUUAAAAUGUUGUGGUGUGCACAGAAGCCUUGGCACACACAUCUCGAAGGUUUUAUCUGUGACAUUGGAUGACUGGUCUGAUGAAGAAAUUGAUGCCAUGGUUGAAGUAGGAGGGAAUUCUGCUGCUAAUGCAAUAUAUGAGGCCUUUAUACCUGAAGGUUAUAUGAAGCCUGGACCAGAUUCUGGUCAUGAUGAACGCAGGAGAUUCAUCAGGUCCAAGUACGAGCAACAAGAAUUUUUAAAACCUAGCUUGCGGAUCUCAUCAGGGAAGAGUUCAAAAGCUUCUCUUACAACAAGUAUUUCAAGAAAGAUUAUGGAUAGUUUUCGAACCAAUUCAUCACAGAAAUCGGAAGGCAUGGUAGAAUUCAUUGGGUUAUUGAAGAUAAAAGUGUUAAAGGGGACAAAUUUAGCCAUCCGAGAUAUGAUGUCAAGUGAUCCCUAUGUUGUCCUAACUCUUGGACAGCAGACUGCUCGCACAGCUGUAGUAAAGAGCAAUUUGAAUCCUGUUUGGAAUGAGGAACUCAUGCUGUCAGUUCCUCAGAACUUUGGGCCUGUGAAGUUGCAAGUGUUUGACCAUGAUACAUUUUCGGCUGAUGAUAUAAUGGGAGAAGCGGAACUGGAUAUCCAACCCCUGAUAACAUCUGCCAUGGCUUAUGGAGACCCAGAAAUGUUUGGAGAUAUGCAGAUUGGAAAGUGGUUGAAGUCCCACGACAACGCCCUCAUGGAAGACAGCAUCAUCAACAUUGUUGAUGGGAAGGUGAAACAGGAUAUGUGGCUCAAGCUCCAGAAUGUUGAAUCUGGAGAACUAGAACUAGAAGUAGAGUGGCUGGCCCUCGAUCAAUAGGUAUAUAUUUGUCCAUCCUUCCAUCUGGACUGAAUAAAAAUCUGUAAUUUUGGUUGUUACAUAACAUUCAUUUUGAAUGGCACUAUAGACUUUUAACUUCGUUGUAAUGUAUCUAUUAAUUUGACAUCAAUUUAUUAAUUUUCUUUGAAAUUUCAUUCGAUUAACAAACCCUAUACAUCUUC